UGUUUAAUACUAGUUAACAGAUUGAUUCGUGAGCAUGUGGAAAUUAGCUUUACUUUUGCUGCUCCUCAAUUGGAGCUGUUCAUCGAGUGGUAAACGAAUGCCAGAACUUAGUGCCGAAAAGUUGCAGCAGAUUUUGGCCAAGAGAGGCAAAGGAUUUGACAAUCGCGUGGUGCAAGGCAGCGAUGCAAAAUUGGGAUUGGCUCCCUAUCAAAUCUCAAUGCAGGGCAUGUACGGGGAUCAUAUGUGCGGAGGGGCGAUCAUCGAUGAGCGUUGGAUUCUGACAGCUGCCCACUGUGUCUUUGGCUAUAAUCCGAGCUAUCUGAGAGUGGCAACGGGCACUGUGCAGUGGGACAAACCCGAUGCCAAGUACUUCGUGGAGGAGCAUUGGGUGCACUGCAAUUACAAUUAUCCGCAACUUCACAAUGAUAUUGCCCUGAUGCGUCUCAAUGAUUCGAUCAAGUGGAAUGAAUAUACGAAGCCUAUAGCAUUACCUGAUCAACCGCUGGCCAAUGGGUCGCAGGUAUUGCUAACGGGCUGGGGAUCCACAUACUUUGGCAGUGAUACACCCGAUGUGCUCCAGCAGGCGACCUUGACCUAUGUGGAUUACGACAGCUGCCAAGAGGAAAUGGGUGGAGAUGCAUUCAAUGGUCCUGGACACAUUUGCACCCUCACGGAUCAGGGACAGGGCGCCUGUCAUGGCGACUCUGGCGGUCCACUGGCUGCCGAUGGCAAAUUGUAUGGCCUGGUCAACUGGGGACAUCCCUGUGCCAUCGGAUAUCCAGAUAGUUAUGCCAACGUGUGCUACUAUCUCGAUUGGAUCAGACGCACCAUGUCUACGUCAAGCUGCAAGACUUGUCACUGCUAUGCCAGCAAUUAUGGCACUUAGUGCACUUCAAAUAAAAACCAUUUCUAUAAAAUUAAACUUAA